CACUCGCAGCGAACCGAUCGCAGAACCGGAACCCAAAAGCGGAAAAAUUUUAAAUAACCCCAUAAAAACCGAUAAAAGUUACAAAACCUCCAGUGACAUCAUGUGCAAAACUGUGAUUAUCUGCCUGGCCAUCGUGGCCUGCUUUUCGAUGGUGUUGGCCCAAAAUCCACAAACCUGUGCCAAUGCACCCAGCCUUAGCUUCAACAACACGGAUUUCGCUGGCAAGUGGAUCGAGUUGGCCCGCAAUCCCGCCUCGGAUGUGUCCUGCAUUACUCUUGACGUGGGAUUUUGGAACAACACCAAUCUGCUGGUGAAUGUCAGUCAUUCGAGCAGCAACGUCUCCACUCUGGUGGACGUCUAUGAAACUGCAAACAUCACCUUGGUGGAAAACAGCUUGUCUGGUUACAAUGUGUCCUUGGUGAAUGGCCAGAAGAAUGAGACGGUCUUCGUCAAGCUGCUGAGUUAUGUGAACUCCACCUACCUGGUUGGAUGCAGCUAUACGAAUGCCAGUAACGUAUCGACCAGCGCUGGAUUUAUUCUGGGCAGAUCUACCUACACAGUCGAGGGCAUCAACAUUGCCAACAAUGACGCCUCUGUGAACUUCACCAACUUCCAGAACAACACCUACGGCAAUGUCACGCAGUUGGAUUGUCGUGCCAGCUCUGCCGGACAGACUGUGCCCCUGACCCUGAUUUCUGGCUUCCUGGCCUUUGCCCUGCUGCUGAUCAAGGCCUAGAGAAUAAGCUGUAGCUUACUGCUUGAGGACUAGCCACCACCACAAUCCACCAUAGAAAUGAAAAAUAACCAAACACCAAACCAAAAUACUUGCCUUAGUUAUUGCGUCAUUCUCUUUAUUUAGUUUUUAGUUGUCUUUGAACGAGCCAAGGCAAAACGAUGUCAAUAAAAGUAAACCGAAAUGGGUGAGGUCCCGUGAAAAAGAAA